ACUGUCCAACUCGUGAAUUCACCAAGACCCCUAAGCGGUUUGCCAGCCCACCUCUCCCUGAAAGUAAAUGGAAAAACACAAUCCCGUUUUAUUGGACAGAGAGGAGACAAUUGCGCAAUUUGGAUAAAUGCACUUAUCAUGGUCGCCAAUCUCCAACGCGUAAUAGGAACUCUGUUUUCAAUCUCUUUGUGUUUUAUUGCCACUGUAGUGGUCGCGCAGUAUGACAACUACAACUUUAGAAAUUUCCCACAAGAGGAGCUCAUGCCAAUCGAGUCUGCGUAUGGACAAGCCUUGGACAGUUAUGCUGCAGAAAAUUGGACGGACUGUAUCAAAUUCAUUGAAUUAAGUUUACGCCUGCAUCGGCUUCUGAAAGACAGCGUGACAUACUGCAUACUAAACUGUAAUGACAGUCAUGUACAGUUACCGGAGCCUGUCAUGGCCAGCGGCACCGGGGAUAUGCAGAUCUUCUGGCGGGUGUUGAUGCGAGCAUCAUGCCUGAAAAAGUGCAGGACGCACUUCCCCGCGCUCUCGCUCCCUUACCCCAGAAAAGAGGUUAUGGAUGAUUUCGAGAAUAGGUCGCCCUACCGUUACAUGUACUUUGCUCAUGUCCAGAUGGAUGACCUGCAGAAAGCACUGGCGUCGGCCCACACCUAUCUACAGAGAAACCCAGAGGACCCUGUCAUGACACAGCACAUGAACCAACACAAAAUAGAGUUUGACUUGGAGGGCCAUCUCAUUGACCACGAGGAACGUCCCUAUGAGGUUAGCUUCCUGAAAGCGGUCACCUUGUUCAACUCGGGAGACUUCAGCAGCAGUAUCAGUCACAUGGAGCAGACCCUCAGCCAGUACCUCCAGCACUACAGCCUGUGUCAGGCCAUGUGCCAGGGGGCCUGCGACGCCGACCUCCCCCAAACUAAAGACCUGUACCCCACACUGGCAGAUGCCUAUGUUGAUGCACUGAGAUGCGAGGUGAAGUGUGAGGAAAACCUAAUGCCAAAUGUUGGUGGCUACUUUGUGGAGAAAUUCGUGGCCACUAUGUACCACUACCUGCAAUUUGCUUAUUAUAAGUUAAAUGAUGCCCGCAGUGCGGUCCCCUGUGCGUCCAGCUACGUGCUCUUUGACCCUGAGGACAAGGUCAUGAGGCAGAACAUGUUAUACUACCAGUCUUACAGAGAGCAGUGGGGCCUGGAUGACCACAGCUUCACACCCAGAGUGGAAGCAUUGAGGUACUACAACCAUACCACCUUGCUAAAACAGAUGCUGGCAUUUGCAGAGAACUACUUGCAGUCUGAUGAUGAGGACUUUUUGGGUCUAGAGGAAGUUGCCAUGGAGGACUCCCCUGAUGUUGAGUUUGAAGGGCUUGGAGACUAUCAGGAGUCAAUCCUGGCUAGAUGGUCACAGCCCAAAGCUAAAGGGGACGUUGGUGACUCCUAAGGAUUUGUUCUUGACUAAAUGUUGAAUAAAAAAGAAAGACAAUGUUUUCACACUUCAA